UUCAUAUAUUUGUAAGAAGUGGGUAGCAGUCGCGUAAUAAAUACUUGUCGAGCAACACGUCUUUUAUUUAACAGUGGCGGCGAAUGGUAAAAUUAUAGUGCAAUACAGUGUUUUUAUCCACAAAAAUGGCUGGCAAAGGUAAUUUUCGGAGUUUGAUGUGAAAACGGGGAAUUGGACUUUAUAUUGCGACAGGUUAGACAUGUACUUUUUAGCUAACGGCGUUACGGACGAUUUGAAACUAGCAACCUUGAUCGCGAACGUAGGUGAAAGUGCAUAUGAAUUGAUAGUGAAUUUAUGUAGUCCGGACAAGCCAUCUACAUUAACUUAUGCUAAAGUGGUGAGUUUAGUGAAAGAACACUUAGAACCCGUACCAUCGGCGUUAGCGGAACGUUACAAGUUUCGGCAAUGCAGGCAACAAAAUGGCCAGUCUAUUGCCGAGUACGUGGCCACGUUAAAACAAAUGGCGAGGUUUUGUGACUUCGGUAGCGGGCUAGAAGAGAACCUACGGGACCAACUCGUGUGCGGGAUUACCAGUGACGCGAUUCGACAGAGGUUAUUUGCGGAUAAAAAACUCGAAUACAGUAAAGCGGUACUAAUAGCGACUACAAUGGAGUCGGCGGAGAAAGAUUCUAGUGCGGUAGAAUCUCCGGUGAUAGGAAUGCACUACAAUGCCAGCCAGAUUGGAAAAAAACAGUGUACGGCGUGCGGCGACACGAGACAUGAGCGCUUCGCGUGCAAAUUUAAGGAUUACAUAUGUGACACGUGUUCGCGUGUCGGGCAUUUGAGGCGUGUGUGUCCUGAAAAGGAGGGGCACAGAGCUAGGGCAAGACCGGGAGCGACUAAGAGUUGGGGAACCAGUCAGGAGCACGGAAGUGGCUCUGGAAGCCACGGCUACAACGAGAGGGCAUUGACCGGCCGUGGAGGCAGCACGGCGGGCAGGAGGCGGCGAGGCGCGCGCACGGGCGCGGCGGUCGCGCGCCAUCACUGCAUCCGGGGGCACCCCGAUCCGGCCGAGGAGGCUAGCUGGCGCGACAACGGAGGCGAGGGCUCGGGUGCGGGCCUUAGCCGGCGCACGGACAGCGACGACGAAUGGCCCAUAUAUCAAAUGGGACUAAGUCAAUAUCCACCGGUUUAAAGAUGUGUUCGACGGAACCCUGGGUUGCUUCACCGGCGGGCGGGCCACGCUGCAGCUGCGCGAGGGGGCGGUGCCUGUGUAUUGCCGGGCGCGACCUUUGCCCUACGCGUUACGUCAGCGCGUGGAUGCCGAAC